UACCUACUACAGGUACACAUGUAACUACAGGUACCCGUGUAAAUUGGAGCUAUCUGUACUAACAACAGGUACACGUGUAAAUACGGGUCGCUGAAAUAAAUAAUCUCAUUAUCUACUCAUUCGUAAAAUACCUCACCAGUCAGAUCGCUCCGGGACCUAGUUUAAUGGGUCCCAGGCAGUGCUACGACAAUAUAUACCCGCUACUGGUCGACGGAAAACCUGUCUAACAGGUUGGCAGGUUUCGCUAUUUAGAGUUUAGGAUUAUAAUAGAAUGACAGUGGCCGAUAAUACCACAUAGUAUUCGGAAGGACGUAGUUAUAUAUGUGAAUGGCGAUUGUUUGUGUGUGAAUAGUUUCAUUGGUGUUCUGUUGGAGAAGGAACAUGAACUUCUGGAUUUGCUGGCAUACGAAUGGUCCCUCGCUAUGUAACUGUUUAGAAAAUGGAGGCCUAACUCAGGAAUGCCAUAUUUGGCACUAAGGAGCAAUGUGUUGUGAAAUCACAGGAAAGUAAAUCUUACCAGUAGUGUGACAAUGUCUACAAGACGAUCCCUCAGUCAUAACGGUUCUAUCCACCGCUCGCAGUCUGCUAAAUCCGAGGGGGGUCGGGCGCAAUGGAGCACCCAAUCCUUUACUGUGGAAGAAAUCGUUAAACAAUUCCCUUUCCCGCAAAUCGUGAAAUGUACCCAACAGUGCAUUUUUACAAAGAAAAACACAACACUUCCAGUAAACCUCACCCAGCCAGUGUACCUUUACCAGAAAAGAACCAUCCGGAAACUGCUCGCUCGCAAUGUUAUCAUGGACCCUGAAACACAACGUUAUACGGAAAUGGAUGAAUCCAUCGUCAUCCCAGCAGAUUACGAAGGUCGUUUUCUCCGUUUGAAUUCACGAACUGCGAAGGACAGCACUUGUUAUAAGCAGCUUGAGAGUUUGGUCCAGAACCAGGUGACAGCGUUCCUCACACUCACUAAACUCACAGCCAGUGUGAUAGGACCUGGCCCCGAGUCCCAGGAUUACGACCAGGUCAACUACAGCCCCGGUAACGUGUUACUGGUAGAUCGUGUUUACCUGGGUACCACACACUUACAGAGUGAAGGCCGGCUGUACAGCCUGCGUGGCGGACCUAAAACACAGGUCAGGUACCUCAAGUGUAGAGACGAGAAAAACUUGGACGUGCUUCUUCCUCUGUCACAGUCGGGCGAAUUCGUGGAGGUUAUACCCAAUCAAAAUGGCGACGGCCGUUUGUCAGUUGAUAGUGAGUGUCUUAUUAAGACGUCCAAGUUCCCAGCUCUCGUGAGAUUUCUCAGUGGCAAAAGGCGGCCUCGGCUGACCAAAUUUACUGGCCUCUUCACUCUACUUGACUCGUUUGAGGAAACAACUCUGUUCGGAUGCGUGCUUGACCCUCGUGGGUACACCAUGAUAGAAAUUCCAAUAUCAUCCCCACUCAAAUUUCAACUGGCAUUGAAUAAAAACGACCUUUCCUCAAACCCAGUGGUUAAAAAGGCCAACAAAUUAUGUGAGACAAAUGUACCGGAAUUCUGUAUGGAUAUCAAAUAUAAAUUCAAAUUUGGACAGAAAAUCACCCAAACAAGCGGUCGCAAUAUUGGCUCCUUAGACGAAAGUCAUAUGCACGAGGACUUAGAGAGCGCCACCAACAGUGCUAGGUUUGGUGUGAUCACCACACAUAUUUAUUUGUAACAUUUACAGCCAGGCAUGCCAAUCUAUGUCAAUCACUGUCAUAACUUAUCACAACAUACCCUGGUAGUUAUAUAUAUAUAUGUAUAUAUAUACAACCGUGGUUAGUGUAUCUGAUGAAUAGAUUUACAGAAAUAUGUUUAUGUGUAGAGCAUAUGGCAAUUUGGUGAUACAUUAUGUAUAUACAUAUGAACAUGUACUAUAUCCUUCUCUUUUACGUUUUCCAUUAUAUUCUUAUUAUAUAGCACAAUACUCCAAUACUCCUGACGAAUCAUUAUCUCGAAAAAAUGAACACAUGUCUUGUAUCUUUUCAUGGAUACGGCCAGAGUGGAGGUACGUAACACGUACCGACAAGUUCGUCGCCUUACAGUACUAACAACAUUAAAUAUAUUAACUUAC